UUCCUGUUGGCUGCUAUGGCCUAUGAUCGCUAUGUGGCCAUAUGCUGUCCUUUGCUCUACUCCACCUAAAUGUCCCCAGUGGUCUGCUUCUUAUUAUUGGGGGCUUCCUACCUGGGUGGAUGUAUGAACGCUUCAUCAUUUACUGGCUGUUUAAUGAACUUGUCCUUCUGUGGACCAAAUAAGAUCAACCAUUUUUUCUGUGACCCCUUCCCACUUUUGAAGCUCUCUUGCGGCCAUGUUUAUAUUGCUGAAAUAUCUCCUGCUAUCUCUUCUGGGUCAGUUCUUGUAAGCACACUGUUUACCAUAAUCGUGUCCUACAUCUACAUCCUCCACUCAAUCCUGAAUAUGCACUCUACUGAGGGGAGGAACAAAGCCUUCUCUACCUGCACUUCCCACCUCACUGCAAUCACUUUGUUUUACGGGACAGUUAUGUUUGUUUAUAUGAUGCCCAAGUCAAGCUAUUCAGCUGAUCAGGUCAAAGUGGCAUCUGUGAUCUACACGGUGGUGAUACCCAUGUUGAACCCUCUCGUCUACAGUCUGAGGAACAAGGAGGUGAAAGAGGCCAUGAGAAAAUUGAUGGCUAGAAAACAUUUUUCUGAAUUAAACAAGAGGUAA